AUGGCCAACACCGAGUCGGGCGACUCAAUCCUCAAUGCCGGACAGGCACUGAGCGGACAGACUACCGCAGGGCGCCGCGAGAGCUUCAGCUCUCAAAACUCGCAGACGGCGAAGGAAUUCAUCGAAUCCCAGAUUCGACUUGAAGCCGAUGCGCGUGAAGUCCUUCCAUAUUCAUUCGACACUUGUACACAAGACUUAGGUCCCCUUCGCCAAUCUCUUUUUGCCUGCCUCACCUGCAACCCCUCCACCUCCGAAGAGUCAUAUACCCCCGCUGCCGUGUGCUACUCCUGCUCUAUCUCCUGCCAUGGUGAACACGAUCUCGUUGAACUAUUCAACAAGCGGAACUUCGUCUGCGACUGUGGAACAACCCGCAUGCCCGCCACCUCCCCAUGCACCCUUCGGAAUGAUCCCAAGACCGGCGCGAAAGGCGUGCACUCAGAACAGCCUCACCAAGGCAACAAAUACAACCACAACUUCCAGAACAAGUUUUGCGGAUGCGGCGAGGACUAUGACCCGCAUAAGGAACGCGGUACGAUGUUUCAAUGUUUGGGUCUGGGCACAGUAGAGACAGGUGGUUGUGGCGAAGACUGGUGGCAUCCGGAAUGCCUGAUCGGAUUGCCGCGCGACUGGUACAAGGGUGCAAAGAAAGAUGGAGCUGCCGAUGGAGAGGCAGCCGACGAGGACGAGGACGAAGAGACUCCUCUCCCCCCCGGAUUCCCCGCGGAAGAGGACUUUGCGAUCUUCCUCUGCUACAAGUGCGUUGACUCGAAUCCCUGGGUAAAGCGCUACGCAGGAACACCGGGCUUCCUGCCUCCAGUAUACAAAGAAGGCGGACUCGCCGAACCCUCAGAGGAGGACACCAAACCUACCACUACAGAACAAACAACCCAGUCCACAGAACCAGAGCAGCCCAGCAACCCCAAGAAACGCAAAGCCGACGACAGCGCCGACGAAGAAGGCGAUCCGGCUGCGAAACGACCAAAGGAGGAGCCUAAAGAGGAGCCCAAACCCGAUACGGACGACACUACUACUACCACCAUCACCACCACCACUUCCGAAUCUAAACCCACCACCACUCAAGAUACCGACAAGCCCAUCACCACCGAACCCUCCUUUACCUCCUCCAACCCAUCCGCACCCAAACACACCCACCUCCCCACAACACCCCCAAGCCGCACCUUCUCCCUCUUCCUGAAAGACGACUUCCGCGACCACUUCUGCCGCUGCCGCGACUGCUACCCACACCUAGCAUCGCAUCCACAACUCCGCGAAGAAGAAGAGACCUAUGAACCGCCCAUGUCCGAAGACGGCGACGGCGACGGCCCCAACGGCGGAGGCAGCACCGGCACGGGCAGUCUUCUCGAUCGGGGCGAAGCAGCGCUGAGCAACAUCGACCGAGUGCGCGCCAUCGAGGGCGCAAUGGUGUACAACCAUCUGCGCGAUAAGGUGAAGGAGUUUCUGAAGCCGUUUGCAGAGACCGGGAAGGCGGUUAGUGCGGAGGAUAUCAAGUCUUAUUUUGAGAAGUUGAGGGGUGAUGAGCAGUCGAUUCGGGAUGCGGCGUCUUCUGCUGCUGGUGGGGGUGGGGGUGACGAUGGUGAUGGUGGGGAUGGAGGUAAUCGGAGAGAACAGAGUGGUAUGUAG